GUAACCGCCAAAAUGCGAUGAUUGACCGUGCUCAAAAGACACUAUUAAAGACAGUAAUAUAGAGUAAAGCUGCAUUUUUCGCGGUUUUCGAAUGUUUUAGUUUCAACGCGUGAUCCAUCAAAUUUAUAAGGUCAGAUUUAUCAGUGAUUCAGUUGCAUUUUCUCUCUUGAUGCUUUGUAAUUUGGUGGUGAAAAAAUAUGGAUUGGAUUCAUUGCAACUCGUGUUUCAUUCAACCAGAAAUAGAAAAUGGAAACACAACUAAAAAACAGUUUCAUUUAACCAGUUGCGGACAUAUAUUUUGUGAAAACUGCAGUUGUUUCGCAGACGGAACAUUAGAUUGCUGCAAACGUUGUAGGAAUAAAUGUUCAUCUACUAUGAUAGGAGAAAAGUCAUUUCAAACAAACCCACAAGUAUUAGAAUAUUUCCAAGAGCCAGAAGAAGUCUACGAAAAAUUGCUCAAAGUGAUGAAAUUCCAAAAAGCACAUCGUAUUAAAUUAGUUGGCCAUCAUCAGUACAUUAUAUCGAAAUAUAAAAGAGCAAAAUUAUAUAUUAAAAAACUUGAAGGUGAACUAAAGAUUGCUAAGAAUGCAUUGCGGAAUACACCACAAUAUCAACACAGCGUUACAGAAUCCCUAUCAAUUUCAACUCCACUUUUUCAACCAAAUUCUACUCCAUUUAAUAUGAUUAACGCAGAAGCAAAUAUUCAUAAUACUCCUGCAAAAAUGAAAAUAAAAAUGCCUGAUAUGAGACAUAGGAAACAGUCAUUUCGAAAUGAAUUAUCAAUUUUAUCUACGGGAAGUAAUGCAUCUGAAGUUUCUACCCCAGGUUCUUCAGUUUACGCAAGUCCUAUGCAAGAAACUUGCAAUGAAAAGUACAUGCCUACAAUAGAUAACUUACAAUUAAAUUCAUUUGGACAUAAGUAUCUAAAAUAGAAUCAAAAAGACUUAAAGAAUAAAACAAAUUAAACUUUAAUAUAAGUUGGUAUUAAUUAAUAUGAUAUUUAUUAUUUACAUGUAUGUAGUAAAUAGUCAUAAUGUAUAAGUAUAUCUUUAAAUUAAGCAAAAGGUUUUUUUAAAUAUAAUUUAGUUGGUUAAAUGUAUUUUGAAAUGAUAUUGUUAUAAAACACUUAG